CGCAAUUCUCUCUCUAUAUAUAUCCAACUGAAACAUAUGAGCUCCUCACAGCUCACACCCCUCUUUCUCUCUCCCUACGAUUUUCCAGGAUUCCCAGUCUGUUCUCCCUCUAUAUAUUCUCUCUCUAGUCUCUCUCUAUCCUCUCUCUGUCUCUCUCCUCUCUGAGGAGCUAGUGACAGAAAGGAUCGUCAUUUUUCGAUCUGUUAAUUUCUGAGAGUUCGAGGUAGGAGGAGAGAGAAAAUGGCUUCCGAGCAGAAAAAUGUGGGGAUUCUGGCCAUGGAAAUCUAUUUCCCUCCUACUUGUCUCCAACAGGAAGUAUUGGAGGCUCAUGAUGGUGCAAGUAAAGGGAAAUACACCAUUGGACUUGGACAAGACUGCAUGGGAUUUUGUACAGAGGUGGAAGAUGUCAUCUCAAUGAGUUUGACAGCUGUUACUUCCCUUCUUGAGAAAUAUGGGAUUGAUCCAAAGCAAAUUGGUCGACUUGAAGUAGGCAGUGAGACUGUUAUAGACAAGAGCAAAUCCAUUAAAACAUUCCUGAUGCAAAUCUUCGAGGAAUGUGGAAAUACUGACAUUGAAGGUGUUGACUCAACCAAUGCAUGUUAUGGGGGAACUGCAGCUUUAUUCAACUGUGUCAACUGGGUGGAGAGUAGUUCAUGGGAUGGACGUUACGGACUUGUUGUGUGCACAGACAGUGCGGUCUAUGCUGAGGGACCAGCCCGGCCCACUGGAGGAGCCGCUGCUAUUGCUAUGCUAAUUGGGCCUGAUGCUCCUAUUGCAUUUGAAAGCAAAUUCAGAGGGAGUCAUAUGUCUCACGCCUAUGAUUUUUACAAGCCCAACCUUGCAAGUGAAUAUCCGGUUGUUGAUGGGAAGCUUUCACAAACUUGUUAUCUCAUGGCACUGGAUUCUUGCUAUAAACGUUUCUGUAACAAGUAUGAGAAAUUCGAGGGCAAACAAUUUUCCAUGGCUGAUGCCAGCUAUUUUGUAUUUCAUUCUCCAUAUAACAAGCUUGUACAGAAGAGCUUCGCUCGAUUGGUGUUCAAUGAUUUUGUGAGGAAUGCCAGCUUCGUUGAUGAGGUUGCUAAAGAAAAGCUGGGACCUUUUUCAACUCUAACUGGUGAUGAAAGCUACCAAAGCCGUGAUCUUGAAAAGGCGUCCCAGCAAGUAGCGAAGCCCCUGUAUGAUGUGAAGGUGCAACCAACCACUUUGGUUCCAAAGCAAGUUGGCAACAUGUACACUGCCUCUCUCUAUGCAGCAUUUGCAUCCCUGAUUCACAAUAAACAUAGCACAUUGGCGGGUCAACGGGUAAUAAUGUUUUCAUAUGGGAGUGGCUUAAGUGCCACAAUGUUUUCAUUCCGUCUCCGUGAGGGUCAACAUCCAUUUAGCUUGUCAAACAUUGCAACUGUGAUGAAUGUUGGAGAGAAGUUGAAGACAAGGCAUGAGUUUACUCCAGAAAAAUUCGUCGAAACAAUGAAAUUGAUGGAGCAUAGGUAUGGAGCCAAGGACUUUGUGACAAGCAAGGACUGUAGCCUUCUGUCUCCAGGCACCUACUAUCUCACUGAAGUUGACUCCAAGUACCGAAGAUUCUAUGCAAAGAAGGAUGGCCACAACACUGCUUCGAAUGGCUCACUGGCCAAUGGUCACUGAUUCUAGGUUGAACAUGAUGAGCCAAGCCGUGAUGUUCUCGGCACGUAGGCGAAUAACUGUGUUUCAUCAAGUUUAUUUGAUACAGGAAUAGUUUGUACCACAGAAGUGUUAGCAGUCUAUUUUUAUUUUUAUUCCUUCCAAUGGAAUUCCUUCUUACCCUGAUUUUAUCAGUAGUGCUUUCAAGACUUAAAAGGGACUUAUUGGACAAUCCCAUUAAGGUCCUGGAAACAUUACUAUUGGGAAAGAAAGGUGUUGAUAUUGUUACAUGAGCCAUGUAUUCUAAUGUUGUAAUGUUGGUAAGAUUUAAAGAUAAUGCAUUUUAUUUGUCUA